UUAGAGAAAGAGAGAAAAAAAAAAAGCUCUGUGGGAGGGGCAGAGCUUUAUAAAACCAGUCAUCGACAUGUCUGAACUCUAACAACUCUCAGAAGACUGUUUCCUGUCAGACAGAGAAUAACCAGAUUGAAACAAUGGAAGAACUUUAUGUGGCAAACACAAUCUUUGCCCUCAAUUUCUUCAAGCAUCUGGUAAAUACAAGCACCAGCACCCAGAAUCUCUUCUUCUGUCCAUGGGGCAUCUCUUCCACCAUGGCCAUGGUCUACCUGGGUGCCAGGGGCAACACUGCAGACCAGAUGGCCAAAGUGCUGCAGUUUAACAAAGUUGGAGCCCACGAAGUCACCCCAGACACCCCAGAGAGCUUCACUUGUUCUGAAUUCAUGCAGCAGAUCCAGAAGAGCACUUAUCCGGACGCUAUUUUGCAGGCACAAGCUGCGAACACAGUCCAUUCAUCCUUCCGUUCCCUCAGUUCCGCCAUCAAUGCAUCCACAGGGGAGUAUUCAUUGGAGAGCGCCAAUAAGCUGUUUGGAGAGAAGUCUGCAAGAUUCAGUGAAGGAUACAUGCAACUCUCCAAGAAAUACUAUUCUACAGAACCCCAGGCAGUUGACUUCCUAGAAGGUGCAGAAGACACCAGAAAAAAGAUUAAUUCCUGGAUCGAGACUCAAACCAAAGGCAAAAUCCCAAACUUGUUACCUGAAGGUUCUAUAGAUGUGGAUACCAAGAUGGUCCUGGUGAACGCUGUCUACUUCAAAGGAAAGUGGAAAACUCCAUUUCAGAAGAAAUUAAACAAGCUUUAUCCUUUCCAUGUGAACUUGACUCAGCGCAAAUCGGUACAGAUGAUGUUCUUGCAUGAAAAACUGAACAUUGGAUACAUAGAAGACCUAAAGGUUCAGAUACUAGAACUCCCCUAUGCUGGAGAUGUCAGUAUGGUCCUGUUGCUUCCAGAUGGAAUUGCUGAAUUCUCUAGUGGCUUGGAGCUGCUGGAAAGUGAAAUAACCUAUGACAAACUCAACAAGUGGCUCAGCAAAGACACCAUGGCUGAGGACGAUGUGGAGGUGUAUGUGCCCCGGUUCAAAUUAGAAGAGCAUUAUGAACUCAAGCCCAUCCUCAUGAGCAUGGGCAUGGAUGACGCCUUCAGCCAGGGCCAAGCCAAUUUCUCAGGCAUGUCUGAAAAGAAUGACCUGUUUCUGUCUGAAGUGUUCCAUCAAGCCUCUGUGGACGUAAACGAGGAAGGCACUGAAGCAGCUGCUGGCACUGGGGCCAUCAUGUCCGGGAGAACUGGCCACGGAGGCCCACGGUUUGUGGCAGACCAUCCUUUCCUCUUCCUCAUCAUGCACAAGAUAACCAAGAGCAUCCUCUUUUUUGGCAGAUUUGCCUCACCCUAAGUUAAAAGGUUCUGUUUCUGCACAGGAUGUUGUAAUAUGAGGUAUAAGCCUCAGAAUUGCUCCAAGUGCCAAAACUUUAGAGACCUUCUCUCCAUAUUUCUGUUUUUCUGAACAACUUCUAUUACACAUUAAAUUUAAGUUCAGACAUAGCUUGACAUCUGUCAGUCAUAACAUUACCAUCCUGUUAAUCAUUUGGUCUCCUAAAAUGGGAUGAUAUAUCAUUUAGUUCUUCCUUAACUCAGUUUAUUUUACAGCAUUACCUUUUACUGUAUUAUUUAUUUUUUUGUAUAAUGUUUUUUUUAUUAUUAUUCACUGUCUAGUGUAGCUGAUCCAGUUACAGAAGCAGGUCAUCACUUAUUCUUCAUUCUAAGGAAAUGCACUUAUUUGUUCUUAUAAUGUAGGGUGAGUAGGUGUCCCUCCAUGCCCUUCUGUAAUAAAAACCUAGAAGAAAGCAUUAGCGACAGGAGAAUAUAUGUGUGUGUAUUUCUAGUAUCAUACGUGUGUCUGUAACUUAUGUAACGUUGCAAAUAUAUGAAAAAAUAAACGUUUCC